UCCAGUCGGUGGAGAGCCAGGAGAGGAGCAGACCUGGCCCCUGUUGAGGAGCUUGCGGACGGCAAAUCUUUUACCACUGACGCGCUGUAUGGGCUCCGUGGGUUUCUUCUGCCUCUUGUAAUGAUCGUAAAUCACCGUGUAAGAGCACAGAGUCAGCGGGUCGAGCAGUGCACUGGUCAGUUUGGCAGAGCAGCUAGCGUUAGCAGUGUUUGACUAGCCAGUUAACAGUACACGAACUUGGCUUGUGGGGGCUAGUUAGCAGGUCGUGCUAGCGUGCUAGCCUCGGUUGGUCAGGUGCAGUGACUGCUGCUGCUGGGAGACCCGAGAAGGAGCGUUUACCUCCAAGCGUUAGCUUCUUCAAGCCUCAAAGGAUACCUCGCUGUGGAUACCCGACCGGGAGGAAGCGCCGGAAAGUCCUGCUACUUGUGUCCAUCGCCACAUUUCCCAGAAAGAAUCAGCUCUUGGAGUCAGAUUUGGAGGGGGAGAAGACCAGUUGUGGCCUAAACUAAGAGACACAGAGCGAACUAAUGUCAAACCCUUCUCCUCCUCAGACAGCCUAGCGAAGGUCCAGGAGGUAGCAAGCUGGCUUUUGGAAAUGAACCAGGAACUGCUGUCGGGGGGCAGCAGCAGCAGCGGCGGGCGGAGUCGGGGGCCUGGGGGCCCGGCAGUGCGAGGUAACGCCUCCUCCACGGCUCGGGCACCCCAGCAGGCGGCAGAGGAGGGCGAUGAGGAUGAACACAUGAACCGGGUGGUUGAGGAGGAAGAGCAGCUGCCGCAGAGGCCCGAGGCGUCGCAGGUUGAUGGCGAGCGAGAACAACCAUGGGCGCCGAGCGAGUCCGGAGCCAGCGACGGCCCUCGGGAGGACGGGGAAGGGGAGGAAGACGAAGAGGGUCUGCCAAACGGCGUGAACGGAGGUGAGAAAGGAGCCCGAUGGAUGUGGGAGGCAGAGCAGCGACGACUGCGAGGGCAGCCGCUUGCUGCUGAAGAGGAGGAAGAGGAAGAGGAGGAGAACAACAACAGCAGCACCCACCAAGAGGAGGAGGAGGCAGAGGAGAGGACAGAGGGAGGGGAGGAGCAGGGGAGGGAAGAGGAGGAGCGGGAAGAGGGUGAGGAGGAGGAAGAGGAGGAUGAGGAUGAGGAAGAGAUGGACCAAGACAGUGAUGACUUUGAACAUUCAGCGGAGAGCGGGAGGGAGGAGGAAGAGGAGGAAGGCUCUCUCUCUCUCAGGAACAGUGUGUCUGCCCCCAAUAAUAACGAGGACUCGGGAUGUACACGCCAAAGCUCUUCCAACAAAAAGAUGAAGAGAAAGUUGGACCAUGGUCCCGAGGUCCGAUCUUUCCCUUCAGGAAAAAAGCCCUGCAAAGGUCCAGAGUAUCCGAGCCCGACGGGAAUUGUCCCAUGUCCGGCCACACCCACCACAUUUGGGCACAUCAGAACAGCCAAUGGUCAGGGGCAACAGAGACGACGUAUCACCUCAAUCCAGCCACCCACGGGUCUCCAGGAAUGGCUCCGAACAUUUCAGAGCUGGACUGGCCCAGAGAAGCUGCUGGCGCUGGAUGAGUUGAUUGACAGCUGUGAGCCCACACAAGUAAAGCAUAUGAUGCAGGUGAUCGAGCCGCAGUUUCAGCGAGACUUCAUCUCCCUGCUGCCCAAAGAACUGGCUUUAUACGUGCUGUCAUUCCUGGAACCGAAGGACCUCCUCCAAGCAGCACAGACGUGUCGCUACUGGCGCAUCCUUGCAGAAGACAACCUGCUGUGGAGGGAGAAAUGCAGGGAAGAGGGUAUCGAUGAGCCCCUUACCCUGAAGAAGAGAAAAAUUGUCAAGCCUGGCUUCACUCACAGCCCCUGGAAGAGUGCCUACAUCAGGCAGCACAGAAUAGACACUAACUGGAGGAGAGGGGACCUCAAAUCACCUAAGGUGCUCAAAGGCCACGAUGACCACGUGAUCACCUGCCUCCAGUUCUGUGGCAAUCGCAUCGUCAGCGGCUCUGACGACAACACGCUGAAAGUCUGGUCAGCUAUCACAGGAAAGUGUCUGCGGACAUUGGUGGGCCACACAGGGGGCGUGUGGUCAUCCCAGAUGCGAGACAACAUUAUCAUCAGCGGCUCGACUGAUCGCACACUCAAGGUCUGGAACGCAGAGACGGGAGAAUGUAUCCACACCCUCUAUGGGCAUACCUCAACAGUGCGCUGCAUGCACCUACAUGAGAAAAGGGUGGUCAGUGGAUCUCGUGAUGCCACGCUGCGCGUCUGGGACAUUGAUUCAGGUCAGUGUUUACACGUCCUCAUGGGCCACGUGGCGGCGGUGCGCUGCGUGCAGUAUGAUGGGCGACGGGUGGUCAGCGGUGCCUAUGACUUCAUGGUGAAAGUUUGGGACCCCGAGAUGGAGACCUGCCUCCACACGCUGCAAGGCCACACAAACCGAGUGUACUCAUUACAGUUCGACGGGAUCCACGUCGUGAGCGGCUCAUUGGAUACGUCUAUAAGGGUCUGGGACGUGGAGACGGGCAACUGCAUCCACACGCUAACGGGGCACCAGUCCCUCACCAGUGGCAUGGAGCUCAAAGACAACAUCCUGGUCUCAGGCAAUGCAGACUCCACUGUCAAGAUCUGGGAUAUCAAGACUGGCCAGUGCCUCCAAACACUGCAAGGUCCUCACAAGCACCAGAGCGCCGUGACGUGCCUCCAGUUCAACAAGAACUUUGUCAUCACCAGCUCGGACGAUGGCACGGUCAAACUGUGGGACUUGAAGACUGGCGAGUUCAUCCGUAACCUGGUGACUCUGGAAAGUGGCGGCAGCGGCGGUGUGGUGUGGCGCAUCCGGGCCUCCAACACCAAGCUGGUGUGCGCGGUUGGUAGCCGCAACGGCACAGAGGAGACCAAGCUGCUGGUCCUGGACUUUGACGUAGAUAUGAAGUGAGAGGGAACGCGGUGGGGAAGGACGAAGAGAGCGAACCGCACAGGAAGGAGUAGAGAGGGAAUGGGAGACGAGGCAACCUGGAAACUGGAGAGCCAACAUCCAAAUGCUAGAACCACAACCACCAACAGUGGGCUGUCCUGUCCUCUACCAUCAUCUUCCCACGUCCCCCCCCCCCUCCCCCCUCCCCUGCUUUUUUGGGCAAAUGUUACUGACAAAGAGACACACCCUCACCUGUUCAGCCCCCGCUUUUGAGCCCCUUCCACCAGCACAAGGUGGAGCCGAAAGGGGGAUCGGGUUGGAAACGAGGCGAGGAGGGCGGAGCACGACUGGUCUGUCCAUUGAUUGGCUGUGAGAAAGAAGAGGAGGAGGGGAAAAAAAGAGAGGAACGGCCGAAAAUGACUGAACUCUUUUGAAGUGACUCUCAAUCCUUUCAGUUUGGGGGCAGCUUCACUCAGAGACUUAGUUUCGCUCAAGCCUGACAGAUUUUGACAUGUACAGAGAUAUAUUAUUUUUUAAAAGCCCCUCCCACCCCCUGUAACCCCCUCCCAUCAGUGUGCGCCCCCCCCCCCCAGAAAAAGAAAAAACACACACAUACACUCAAAAGGCCGACCGGAAAGUGGGAAACGUUGACCGUAGGUUAAGGCUGAGAAAGGUGGAUUUUCCACACACAGUCGCAUCUAAAGAGCUGCUCGGUGUAGCCUGUUCAGGCUAGUUUCUCGUCACUCCAUUUCUGUUCUUGUUUGUUUCUCCCCUUCUGUAGUCUGAUUUCUUUAAAAUACCGCACACAAACACAACUGUGAAUUUCAACACCUCUUUGGUUUAUCAUAUGAAAGGUUUUGUUUUGUUUUUUCCGCCUUUUCUCAAUGUUGCCAACAGCAACAAAUCCCAGUAUUAGAAACCUGCCCUGUUUAGGUUUGCCAUCUUUGUCACAAGGGUUUAUUUUGUUUUGAUUUGUUUUCUUCCUUUCUUCCUGGUUCUUCCUUUCUGUUUUCUACAUACCUGGGUUCGGAGCGCCGUCUCCACAUGAACAUCAAUGCUGUCCAGAUUUUUCCAGAGUCUAGCUGGGGUGGUUUCCUCAAUGCCAGUGCUGUGACGAGAAGAAGAAAAGGUCCUUUGCUCUAAGCGCUGUGGAUUAAUGCCCCCCUGAACCCCCCCUCCCUUCCCCUCUACCGUUUUCCCCCCCAGUGGCCAAACUGUAUUUAUGCUGCUAGAUGAAUGGGGAAAAAGAAAGAGAGAGAUGGAACUUUUACUUGCUGUGACGUUUUAGUCCCAGGCGAAAUUCCAAAUUGAACUCUAUAUGUUUGGACUUACAGAAACAAAAUAUGAGAAAAAAAAGGUAACAUCCAGCUUUUUAUUUUCUGUUUUGUUUUUGCCACUGAAACUUGAGCCAAACGUGCCUCUACGAGGCCGAGAGGAGGGAGCGUGUCUGACAGAUACCGGCGGGGAGCGCCCGCAGAGAGGAAACAAGGGGAUGUACACUGUUGGCGUGUGUGCGUGCGUGUGCAUGAGUGCGUGUGUUUAGCGUGUUAAUGGGCAACUUGUAAACACAUUCCUUGGGACAAAGCUCUUUCGGCCUGUUCUUUGGGGAAAUGUACAAAUGCUGUUCAGACUGGCAAAGACAAAAAAAGCAAAAAUAUUAAAAAAAAAAUAAAAAAUCCUAGCAGAUGUAUCGAUUUUUAACAGGUGAAUGAAAGAACUGUCCAUAUCCGUGCGUGUGAUUGUUGUUCCGUUCAAAGAUGUCUGAAGCAACAGAGGAGACCAUCACAAGCAUCAACUGACAGGCGGAGCUGCCGGGAGUCUUAGUGUUACAUGUGUCGCAGUUGAAAUCACCCAGGCGGCCGCGGCCUUGCGGGUCGUCAUGGGGGGGAAAAUUUUAACAAAACAACAAAAUCCCACGAAGGCAACAAAACAUGAACAGAAACAUUGUAGCCAAACAAAAACCGUCCCAAUCUCCAAGAGUCACAACUCAAGCUGAACUGUGAAAGUGGUAUAACACUGUAUAUUAAAAAAAAAAAGAAAAAGAAAACAAUCUUGCUCUAUCUCCUCUUGUUGUUUUCUCCCUCUGAUUUUAAUUUAUGAUCUGGUUUGAGAAAUCAGAUUUGUUGCAGGUGUUUUUAUUUCUUUUUUUUCUUUGUUUUUUUCCAGUUCAUGUAAACUGCCUGGCAAAAAAAGAAAACGGACAGAAAAAACCUUAAAGGGAUUGUGUAUUUGUUUGAUUCACUUAGAAUUUUAUUUUCUUAUAACUUAAGUGCAAUAAAAUGUGGGUUUUUCUUUUUUCA